ACGCUGAGCACCGACAACCUGCGGUUAGCAGGACGCUCAGCUGCUACGUACGGUGGAGCGAAAGAAAAUUCAACUUACCAUGUCCAUCUCGGCCCUGCCGCUGCUGCUGCUGGGGGUGGUGGUGGUGGGAGCCCAGCAGGAGAAGACCAUCUGCGCGGGCAUCAACGGGAUCCCCGGUCAGCCCGGAGCCCCGGGGCAGCACGGGACCCCUGGGGCCCCCGGGAGGGACGGCAGAGACGGCGUUACCGGAGCACCCGGAGCCAAGGGAGACCUCGGGGCUCGAGGCUUGACUGGAGACCCAGGUCUGCCAGGAAAGCUGGGCCCUCUUGGCCAACCAGGGCUCGCGGGGACUCCGGGAGUCGCAGGUGAGCAGGGCGAAAGAGGCGAGAAAGGCGAGCGGGGAGAGAGCGGCGUGGGGCCCAGGUCGGCCUUCUCUGCGAAGGUCGACACUUACACGCCGGCGGCCGGCUCCCCCGUGACGUUCAACGUCAUCAUCACCAACCCGCAGGGCCACUACAACCCCGGCACAGGGAAGUUCACCUGCGCCCAUCCAGGCGUCUACUAUUUCACGCUGUACGCGCACCCCGGUGAAAAGUACAUUGUGGUUAUGAUCAUGAAAAACGGGAACAUCAUCUCUAAGGUGUGCGGUGAGAAAUUCAACGCAAUAAGUGGCAGCGUCGUGCUGAGUCUCAAAGCCGAGGACGAGGUUUGGCUGGAGUUGGAGGCUCCGCACAUUAAUUUGUUCUUCAACGUGCACAGAGACUCGGUGUUCAGCGGCUAUAUCCUGUACUCCGAGUGAAUCAUUUUGUUUCCAUCAGCGCAUCAGGCAAUACAGAUUGGGAACACAUUAACACACGCAUAUGCACCCCUGCCCCCGUGUUAAACAAAGCUUUUGGGCAACAUCUCAGAAAAAUACCCAACAAACAUCUGCAAAUAUACUCAGCUUGCCCAAUGCUGUGGUAAUGAUUGCAAAUUUUCGGAUGUGAGAUGUUCUCACCAGAGGCAAAAUAGGCCCGGCACUUCUUCUCAGCCACCUCCCUCCUUGUGAGUCACGGUGUCUAGGGGAUUAUGAAUCGGUUAGACAAUGCGCAGAGACAUAGCUGCUUGCACCAACUGAAAAAGUCCUGAAACCUCACAAAUUUUCCCAUCCGGCAUCGGCAGUGAAGGGGGAAAUAUUCCAAUUCCAGCUGAUAGCUACGAGAGUUGCUCAUUUCUAACAUGGGAGAGAGAGGACUUCGGAUCUAUUUUCUCUCCCGUGCAAUUCUCUCAAUAUUUUUCAUCGGAAGGAAACGUAAAGAAGGACAAUAACUCGAUCUGGAAUACUGGGAAUUUUAACAAGAUUUGUAAUGCAGUAACUAUGCCUUGGUUCGUUAUGCACAAGGACGUGAACCAACUGUGGCAGAUAAUAAUUUUCUUGACAACCAAGUAAAACCAACUCUUCAAACUCUCGGCGACAGUAAUAGCACGCGUCUACAGAACCCUGCAGUUCACCGACUUCACGCAGCGACCCCCGUGUCGACAAUGACGGAACACCACAGCGACUUACACAGAUAGAGACCACCGCGGGGACCAUUCACACCAACCCUGACGCAGGCCUCAACUCCUGGGCGACGAGGCAACGUACCAGAAGCCCAGGGUACGCAAAUUCACCGUCGAGGUCGACUACAGCGUCAGGGACCCCCCGCCCCAGGACUCAACGGGAGAGCCGUACUCCCAACAUGUUACGCAGAAUCAACCUCGGUCUUGCAUUGCACUCACAACAGCGCUCUUAAGGGAUCUAUGUAGCAGCAGUUGGGAGCUGGACCGGCACUGCCUGAAUCUCUGUGGCAUUCAGGAGGUCCGGUGGACCGGCUCUGGCUCCUGCCACCAUGAGGGGGGGAUGGUCCUCUACUCGGGGCAGGAGACUGCCAAACAAAAUGGUGUGGCUCUACUUAUGAACAAAAUAAUGAAGGGGGCGUGGGGCCGUGUCGGUGAGGUGUGGGAAGCUAUAAGCCACAGGCUACUUUGUGCUCGCCUUCCCAUCAACCAGAGGCAAGGAGUGGUGGUGGUUAUUUAUGCCCCCACCGAAGACGAACAUCCGUGGAGGGAUGCAGGCAAGGCCGAUGAGUCAGAUGCCUUCUAUGACCUCCUGUCACAGGUGCUGGCUAAAGUGGCCCCUCGGGAUAGAGUCAUCUUAUUGGGUGACUUCAAUGCCUGAUGCAGGAACCUGGUCUGGAUUUAUUGGAAGGCAUGGGCCAAAUCAGCUCAAUAACAACGGCAGGAGGCUGCUAAGCCCACGGGCUUGUAAUUACCAACACGCUGUUCCGGCAUCGGCGCAUCCACACAACAUUAUGGAUGCAUGCCUGGUCCAAGCAAGAACAUCUGCUGGACUACAUAGUGAUGGAACAGCGGAUGCGAGCCCAUGUUCUUGACACCAGGACCUACCGUGGAACUGAUCUGCCAUCUGACCAUCGACUUGUCAUCUGUAAGAUGCACCUGCCAUUCUUCCACUCCGGUGAUGGGUGUACACACAGGACACCGAUUCCAACUUAAGGUGGCCUGGUCUCAUCUAGCUGAUGGAAGUUGCCAGCGAGAAUUUCAUCAUCGCUUGCGGCUGGGGUUGGCAUCGUCCUCCACUCUUGGUUGACAGAGGAGGUGUUCAGGAUGGUUGAGAAAAAGCGACAGGCCCACCCUAAUCGUGAUCCAAUCUCCGACCCCCAGGAACAGGUUUGCAGAUUUGCUGAGCAUUUCUGUGAGGUCCUGGGGGAGGGCAAAUCCCUCGACAUGGAAAACAUCAUGGGACAAAGUGGGGAUGACCCUGCUGAGGCUGCGGUGCCUAAAAUAUUGGAAGAGGUCACCCCUUGUGAGUGGCUGGCUGAGGUACCAUCUGUUGACGAAGUACUGAAGGCGGUCCAGAGUCUGAGACCAGAAAAGGCACCGGGCAGAGAUGAUCUCCCAAGCAAAAUGCUGAGGGUGUGUGGCGUUUGUGCGCAGACUGCCCUAUGUGACAUCAUAACAACAGUCUGGACCGCUGGAAGGGUUAUGCAGGAUUGGAUAGAUGCCCUGGUGGUCCCCUUCUUUAAGAAGGCCACACAAACUGUAACAACUACAGGGGCAUCUCACUCCUCAGUGUGCCGGGUUAGGUCCUGGCAAGGAUUAUUCAACAUUGCCUUGCUCGGCACGCUGAGGAGAGGCUUGCGGAGCCCCAAUGCGGUUUCAGGAGUGGACAGUCCUGCACAGAUGCCAUAU